GUCAUGCUUUCGAAACGGAGUCCACGGUUUAUUGUAUACUGUGCCACUGGAAAGUGUGUAAAUAUAAAACACGGCUUUAAUAUUGUAAAUCGAGUUAAGUACUUAAAAGGCAUCGAUGAUGUUCCAAAAUACAUAGUAAAUGAUGCUAUAUGUCUAAAAUGGGUUAUCUCCAAAAUGUGUUGGAAAAGGUUUAAAAAAUAAAUCCGCGGAUGUAUACUUUCGCUGCUUGACGACAGGAAGUAAGCAGGACUAUUUGCCAAUGAAAAGUGAACAAUGCCCUUACCAUUUGGGAUCAAAUUAAAGAGAACUAGAAGGUACACAGUGUCCGGCAAGAGCUGCCUUGUGACACGCAUCCAGCUGCUGAACAGCGAAUUUGUGGAGUUAACACUUUCUGUAGAGAGCACGGGGCAGGAAUGCCUGGAAGCUGUGGCACAGAGGCUAGAGUUGCAAGAGGUAUCCUGUUUUAGUCUAUGGUAUUUUAACAAGCAACACCAGCAAAGAUGGAUUGACCUGGAAAAACCACUGAAAAAACAGCUAGAAAAGUAUGGACUGGAGUCAACAGCUUACUUUGGAGUUGUGUUUUAUGUGCCAGAUGUUUCUCAGCUACAGCAGGAGAUAACAAGAUACCAGUAUUACCUUCAGUUGAAGAAAGAUGUUUUGGAAGGUCGAAUAACUUGUUCGAUAGACCAGGCAACUCAUUUAGCAGGCUUAGCUGUGCAAGCCGAUUUUGGUGACUUCAAUCACUACGAUUCCCAAGACUUUCUUCAGAAGUUAGAUCUGUUUCCUAUAGGGUGGAUUCAAGAUGAAAUCGUGCUGGAAGAAGCCAUGCAAAAAGUGGCAUUACUUCAUACAAAGUACAGAGGACUGUUGGCUCCAGAAGCUGAAAUGCUGUACAUGCAAGAAGUGGAGAAAAUGGAAGGCUAUGGCUAUGAGAGUUAUCAUGCCAAGGACAGCCAGGGAACAGAUAUAUUCAUUGGGACCUGUUUGGAUGGAAUCUUCAUCAAAUAUAAACAUAGCAGACAGCCUGUUAUAUUCCGGUGGAAUGACGUUAACAGCAUGAAUCACAAUAAGUCAUUUUUUACAUUAGACUUGGCCAACAAAGAGGACACGGUUCAGUUUCAGACAGAAGACAUGGAAACAUCAAAGUAUGUUUGUCGAAUGUGUCUUAGCCGACAGAAGUUUUAUAAGAUGAACGAAAGCUGUCUACAAACCUUGACUACAGAAAUAUCCCCAGUAAGGUACCAGCCAUCUACAAGAAUUUCCCUAGCAAAUCAAGCCAAAGGCCAGAUCUACAUGAUGCCCCCUCCUCAGAUGAAUUACAAUGGCCACUACACAUCCCAAGAUAGUCAGAAUGGCUACUUCUGUCAGUCCCAGUCCAGCUUGGACCAUUCCCCUAAUGAAUAUAAUGGGCAGGUCUGUAAUGAAAGUGUAUACAGCGCCCAUAGCACUAGCUCUCUAAACAACCCACAGCACUACCUGCAGCCAUCUCCCAUGUCUUCUAACCCCAGCAUCACGGGGAAUGAUAUACUGCGGCCAGACUACAUGCCAUCAUACCGCCGCAGCUCGCUCAUUCCUCCCUCUUACCGUGCCACACCAGACUAUGAAACUGUCAUGCAGCAAAAAAAGCUGGGCAUGGGGUCUUCAGAGCGCCAGAGCCACUCGAUGCGGAACCUAAACAUUGGCAGGUCCUAUGCUUACAGUCGACCGGAUCCUCUGGUAUACAGUCAGCCUGAAAUCCGCGCGCACAGUCAGCUUACUAGCCAGUACCAUUUGCAUCUCAACUACAGCUUCCAUAGCCCUUCUCCAUACCAGUACCCCAGCGAUCGACGCCCUGUGGUCGGAGCUGUGAGUGUUCCAGAGCUCACCAAUGUGCAGCUACAGUCGCAUGAUUAUCCUGCCCCUAAUAUCAUGAGGACUCAGGUAUACUGUCCACCUCCCCCAUACUCCUACCCACGGCCUGCAAACAGCACCCCUGACCUUUCACACCAUCGUUAUGUUAGUAGCAGUAACCCUGACCUGGUUACUCGCAGAGUUCAUCACUCUGUUCAGAUGUUCCAGGAAGAUAGCCUUCCUGUGGCCCAUUCACUGCAGGAGGUGAGUGAACUGCUUACUACAGCACAGCGUGGCCACAUGAAGAAGCGGAAUAGCAUUGACAUUGCAGGCCUUGCCUAUAGCUUAGAGGGCAUUAGAAUGAAAGAGACCACAAUGUGCACAUCAAGAGAAGAGACAAGCCUAUCCCAAGCUCAGCCUUCAGGCUCCCAGCUGAAUGUUGUUUUGGAGAGGACUAAAAGCCAAAAUGGGAAGAGCACGCAGGAUUUACUGUAUAGACACAAGAAAUCACUGUCAGAUGCCACGAUGCUGGUACACAGUAGUGGCGAAGAAGAUGAAUUUGAAUAUGACAAUGGCUGCCUUACACCACAGUCGCAGAGUUCUGCAGGCUACUCUGAGCAGCAUGUGACUAUGCCAAAUCAUACUAUAGCAGAAUGUCCCAUUGCCUACCUCCACGAACAAGCUCUUGAAACCCCAAUUCCUGAAGCACUCAUCCAUCAAUCACAUUCACUCCAGAAGCCAGUGACAGAGAAUUUACCAAAGAAUAAUAAUAAUGUGUACGUACUGGCAGAAGACGACCCUCAGCAUGGAAGGGGAAGUGAACUUGUGCUCUCAGUCUCUGUGAGUAAUCUCAGUAGCUCUCAGCUCAUUCCCAAGCAAGCCUUGUCUAAGAAGAGGCCCAUUUCAGAUGAACCUUCUGCGAAGGGGAAUAAUCCGAAUGGCCUGCCACCUCUUAUGGGUAUGAAAAGAGGAACAAAGUCUGAGUUCAAGAAGGCUGGGCCGUUAAAGAUUGCAGCACUGAAUGGACUGGCAGUGUCUAGAUUGCCAAUACAUGACAAGAACAAUCCAAAUUCUGGGAUCUCCUCCAGUGAUGAGAGAUGGAAGCUUCUUGAGCAGCACCGGGAGCAGGGUAUGGAGAUCACAGAGUAUGAGCAGCUGCCCAAGCAGCAUCCGCACCUAGAGUGCUCGAUCGCUCAAUUGCCGGAGAAUGCUGACAGGAACCGCUUUCAGGACAUUCUGCCUUAUGAUGACACACGCGUUGAGUUGGUACCAACCAAAGAAAACAACACAGGCUAUAUCAAUGCCUCUCAUAUCAAGGUCACUGUGGGUGUGGAAGAGAAGAAUUACAUUGCUUCCCAAGGGCCGCUCUCCAGCACCUGUCAGGACUUCUGGCAGAUGGUGUGGGAGCAGGGUGUUUCUAUCAUUGCUAUGGUCACUGCUGAAGAGGAAGGGGGCAGGGAGAGGAGCUUCCGUUACUGGCCACGUCUGGGAUCACGCCACAACUCUGUUACUUACGGCCGCUUCAGAAUUACCACACGCUUCCGUACUGACUCUGGCUGCUAUGCUACCACAGGUUUGAAGAUAAAGCAGCUCUUGACUGGCCAAGAACGGACUGUCUGGCAUCUGCAGUACACAGACUGGCCUGACCAUGGAUGUCCUGAAGACAUCAAAGGUUUUUUGUCCUAUUUAGAAGAGAUUCAGUCAGUGAGAAGGCAUAUGAACAGCACCACAGAUGCAAAGAACCAUGCACCAGUUCUGAUCCACUGCAGUACUGGGGUGGGACGUACAGGAGUGGUAAUUUUGACAGAAAUCAUGAUCGCUUGUCUGGAACAUAAUGAGCUGUUGAAUGUCCCAACUGCUUUGAACUUGAUUCGUCAGCAGCGCAUGAUGAUGGUGCAGACAGUCUUACAGUACACUUUUGUUUACAAGGUUCUUAUUCAGUUCCUGAAGAAUUCCAGGCUUAUAUAAUUGUGUCUCUACAUAUUAUUGUCUUAAGAUUGAAUUACCUUUACAAAGGCUUUUUGCACAAAAUGGAACAGUGUGAUGCAAGUGAAUUUGAUAUUAAGAUUGUCAUUUGAUAGCCAAAUUAACUUUAAAAUAGAACCAAACCAGUCAUGAUUUAGUUGCACUGUCCAUCUUAAAAUACUGUUGAACAUUUUGGUAAGUAUUGCUGUUACAAAAUUAUGGCAGUAAAUGAAGGGAUGUUACAUACCACAAAGAACUCAGAUAGAUAGUAACUGCUGGCCAAUAACCUGGGGAUGAAUAUUAACAAGUUAUUACGUUUAUUUUAAAAAAUCUCAAGCACUUUUUUGACGAAUAUAGUAAAUCUUCUAAACCAAUAAGUUCUUCUACUAAGUAAAAAUGUUUAUUUUGGAGUUUUUUUUUUCUUCGUUUUUUUUCUGUGUUCAUUUAUUGAAAGGUGACACAUUUGUCUUUUAGGAUUAUGGAAAGUAUUUAAGGAUGAAUAUUAUUUACAUUUAUCUUGAGCUUAUUAUAUCUAUUGAUGACGCAAAUUUCAACUGUGGUUAUGUUAUUAUGCUCAUUUGAAUUUGAAUAAUGUUUUAGAUUCCUUCCUAUGUAUCCACAAAAGAACAUUUGGGUUUUGUUCAGGUAAUAAAGUGUGUCAUUUAAAUAUCAAUACAAAUGACGACUGGCUGGAGCUUUAUCCGAAAUGGCUUUACCUGGUAUUUGUAACAUUAUGAUGAAUUCUAAAUCUUAAAAAAAAAAUCAGCAACUUUCAAUGGCACCCUUUUAAAGUAUCAUUUUAAUGACCUGGCCUAUAAAACUAGUUCAUCCUUAUACAUUAAGGAUGUAUGUUUUUCCUUCAUAUUGGAAUUGUAAAAAUAAUUAGCCAUUUAGAUAUAUAGCUUUUUCUCUAAGGAACAAAUCUGUUCUCAAAAUACACUACUAAGCCAAACUAAGUAACAAAUUUGUUAGACUUCACUGAUGGCAUCUUGGAUAUUCCACAAUUCCUUCUCAGUCUUUAAGGUCCACUUCUACCCUCCAUUUCUUCUAUUAGUAUAGCACCUUUCACUGUUUAAUUUUUUAGCCCAAGCAUGACUUUGUCUUUGAUCUCCACAGUUUUGUGUUAGCACAAAUCAAUUACCCAUUAAUGACAAUAAAACUAGAAUCGGUGCUAGUGAGUUUGCAACAGGUACAGAAUACAAUGGUGUCCUUUCUGACAGCACAGAUUCUUAGCUAUUUUAACUCUAUAUACUGUUUGUGUGUGUGUAUAUAUAUAUAUAUAUAUAUAGAUGCAAUGUCAUGCAAAUAUGGUGCAUGUGCACUUUAUAGUAAAUUAAACAAAUGCAAAACUAAAGAAGCUCAUUUUUCACAGUAAAUGACAGGAGAAUGGAUAGUUGCAAGAUAAUGUUUUAUUAGCAUACAAAAUCUCUUUAAAUCCAUGACGAUUAAGUGAUUGUCAGAAUCUGUCUUUGUCAUGUCCAUCAUGUUUCUGUUUAUCUCUCAUAUCUCUCCAAUGUUCCUAGUGAUUCCGAGUCCAGUCUUUGGUUAACUGGUCUAUGAUUCACACCUGUCCCUUGCUGACUCCUCAUCACUGCUGUAUAUCACUGCUGUAUAUAUUUAUCUACCCUUGCCCUGUUUCUGUGUUGGUCGUUGUAUGUGCUAUGCUCCUAGAAUGUGUAAAUGUGUUUCUUACUUGUGUUUCCCUCAGUACUCUCUUGUGUCCAAUUCAAUUAUUGCUGUGUCAUCUUGCCUUUGUUUUGAUCCCAUGUGGUCCUUAUGUUUCAGGUGUUGUUUGUGUCCUGUUUAAAAUAAAGUUUCCUUGAUGUCAGAAA